UAAUAUUUAAUUAUAAUGUUUAGUUACAUAUUGAGAAAAUCUCUUUUUAAUAUUACAAGCAAACAGUUCAGAACUAGUGCUGUUUUGAAAAAUAAUACGAUGAAGGCUAAUAAAUAUGAAACUUUGUCUGUAUCAAUACCAAAACCAUUUGUUUGCAUGGUACAAUUAAAUAGACCUGAGAAACGAAAUGCCAUGAAUCAAAAAAUGUGGGAAGAAAUUAAGGAAUGCUUCAAUGACUUAUCGGUGGAGCCAGAAUGUAGAGUUAUUAUUUUAUCAGCCAUUGGACAAAUGUUUUGCGCUGGCUUAGAUUUACAAGGUAAUCUAGAAUUUUACCAAAAAGUAGCGGAACAAGAAGAUAUUGCUAGAAAAUGCAAACUUUUAGAAUCUAUGAUAACCAAAUAUCAAGAUACUAUUACUUCUAUUGAAAAGUGCGUAAAACCAGUGAUCGCAGCUGUGCAUAAUGCCUGCAUAGGUUCAGGAGUAGAUAUGAUUAGCGCUGCUGAUAUACGUUAUUGUUCUUCAGAUGCAUGGUUUCAAAUAAAAGAAGUUGAUAUUGGAAUGGCAGCUGAUGUUGGUACAUUGCAAAGGUUUCCAAAAAUAAUAGGUUCUGACAGUUUAGUCAGAGAACUUGUUUACACAGCAAGAAAAUUUCCAGCAACAGAGGCAUUGCAAUGUGGUUUUGUCAAUCGUGUGUAUGAUAGUCAAGAAAGUUUGUUAGAUAAAUCGAUAGAAUUUGCUGAAGAAAUAGCAAGUAAAAGUCCUGUCGCGAUACAAGGUUCCAAAUUAAGUUUGGUAUAUUCGAGGGAUCAUUCUGUUCAAGAAGGUCUCGAACAUAUUGCUAUGCAUAAUAAAUCAAUGUUGCAAAGCGAAGAUUUCAUAAAUGCAACAACUGCACAGAUGGUACGCGGUGACCCACCAACAUUUUCAAAACUAUAAUAUUUUGUACAUAUAAAACUUUUUUAUUAUAUAAUUUUAAGUCCACAAACUAUUUGCCUUAUCAGUAUCUGUGAAUGCAAAAAGUUAAUUGUUAUCAAAUAUUUGUAAGUAUUUUAGAUAUGUUUAUAUUUUCAUAUACCUUUAUAUUGAUAUGAAAUAUUUUAUAUUAUAAACAAUCAUAUUCUAUUUUUAUUAAUACUAAGAGAUUGUAUUUUCAUAUUUAUUAUUACAAUAGCAAUUUAAUUAGUAUUAAAAUCCAAUUAUUAUGAGAUUUUUCAAGAUUUCGAACAUAAAAUUGACUUUUAUUAUUUAUUAGCUUCUCUUGCUUCAGCUUCCAUAAGAAGACUCUCUAAUCGACGUUUUUUAGGCAUAGAUUCUAAUUCGUCAAUUUGAUCGACAAUAGAAUAUAAAUUUUCAUUUUUAGGAAUUUUUACCUAAUAGACAAUUAAAUUCUUAAUAUACGAAUUUAUUGCAAAGAUAUGUACCUUUAAAUAUUUCAUGUAAAAGAAAUCAUGUAUCUCUCAGUAAUACAAAUAUGACAAUUAUUCGAUUACAAUUUGUAAUAAAAAUAUUAAAUUAAUAAAAUUAAUAAAAUUAACAUAAU